AUGGCCACCAACGGAGUUCACCAGCCCACGGUGGACGCGGACGACGUCGACAAGGUACCUGGGGCGGCGGGCGGUGUCGACGCGCACACGAUCGAAGACUCUCACGCCCUAGACAUCAAGUCACUGUCGGCUGCGACGCAGGCGAUCCACGCCGACGAUCCGCUCAAUGUGGUGGACGACGUGGCGCCGCCGAUCCACGUGAGCACGACGUUCCGCUACAAUCAAGACCCGUCGCAGCUGCGGCCGUGGGCAGAGCGCGGCGAGCCGGCCUUCCAACCGACCGAGCACCUGUACUCGCGACACACGACGCACAGCAGCUCGCGGCUCGAAGCCAUCCUGGGCGUGCUGCUGCACAAUCCGUGCCUGACGUAUUCGUCGGGCCUGUCGGCCUUCAACGCGCUCAUCACCUUCCUCAACCCCAAAAGAGUGGCCAUCGGCGCGGGAUACCACGGCUGCCACGGCGUGCUGGGCCUGCACCAGAAGCUGUCGGGACUGAAGCUCCUGCCGCUGGACUGCAAGCCCGAAGACCUGCACCAGGGCGACCUUUUGCACCUGGAGACCCCGAUCAACCCGACGGGCGAGGCGUUUGAUAUCCAGCACUACGCCGACCUGGCGCAUUCGAAAGGCGCCUACCUCAGCGUCGAUGCUACCUUUGCCCCGCCGCCGCUGCAGGACCCGUUCAAGCAUGGCGCCGACAUCGUCAUGCACUCCGGCACCAAAUACAUUGGGGGACACUCGGACAUGCUGUGUGGCGUUCUGGCGGUCAAGAACAAGGAAUGGAUCCCGAAAAUGGUCGAGGAGCGGUUGUUCCUCGGCUCCGUCAUGGGUGGCUUGGAGGCCUGGCUGGGCGUGAGAAGUGUGCGCACCCUCGAACUGAGAUUGUUGAAGCAAAGCACAGGCGCCCAGAGGCUGGUCGACGCGCUGGACGGCGCUUUGACCGGCAGGACCGUCGGCACGGGACUGUCCCGGGCGGAUGUGGACAUCAUCAAGUCGGUAGUGAGCAAGGUCUACCAUGCCAGCCUGCAGACCGAAGACUACAAGACCUGGUUGAAGAGGCAGAUGCCCAACGGCUUUGGUCCGGUCUUCUCCAUAUCUUUGAAAUCCGCCGACCUGGCCCGCGCCUUGCCCAGCAAACUACACCUGUUCCACCACGCUACAAGUCUGGGCGGAGUGGAGAGCUUGAUUGAAUGGCGGACCAUGUCCGACUCGACGGUGGGAAGGGACCUGUUGAGGAUAAGUGUCGGCAUCGAGGAUGACCGAGACCUCCUGGACGAUCUCAUCCAGGGGUUCAGAGCCAUCAGGCAAGAGAUCAAGGAAUGA